AUGACGUCGUCUCAAAGACACUGUAAGUUCAUUUUUAAUUCCAUUUAGUGUUGACGCUUAUUUUUACUUUUUGUAUGUCUGGAAAGAAAGUUCUUGGUAUCUUUUGUUUUGUAAAGUAAGUUCUUGCCAUUUUUUGAUUUGUAAAGAAAGUUCUUGCCAUUUUAUGUUUUGUAAGGAAAGUUCUUGUCAUUUUUUGUUUUGUAAAGAAAGUUCUUGUCAUUUUAUGUUUUGUAAAGAAAGUUCUUGCCGUUGUUAUGUUCGUAAUGAAAAUUUUAAUGAUUUUUAAAACUUUAGGUACAUUACUGAAAAUCCUCUGUGUUAUACUACUAUGCUGCAUAUUAUACUACAUGACGUCAUUGCCAGCCGAAAGACUGAUAUUUAUAACUGAAUGUUCGAGGAUAAACCAAACUCCAGAAGCAGCGGCCUAUACUAACAGGACCAUUAUUGUGAUAACACCAACUUACAUGAGACCCGAACGAAUGGCUGAUUUUACUAUGUAAAGGCUCUUUUUAAGUUUAGUUUUAAGCUUAAAAAGGAAUUUUAGGGUUAAAAAAUUAUUUUGGGCUUAAAAAUGUACUUUAGGUUUAAAAAUUAAUUUUAGGCUUAGAAGUAAAGUUUAGGCUUAGAAAUGAAGUUUAGGCUUAGAAAAUGUAAUUAUAGACUUUAAAAUGAAUUUUAGGCUUAGAAAUGAAGUUCAGGCUUAAAAAUUAAUUUUAGGUUUAAAAUAGAUUCUGUUUAAAAAAUGCAUUUUAGGCUGAAGUUUAACAAAAAUAUUUUAAAAUUUUGUUUUUUUAGGUUGUCCCAGACCCUAAAACACGUUCUCAACGUGUUCUGGCUGGUGGUAGAAGAUGGAGAUUACAGAGUAGACAAAGUCGAACAAGUGAUGAGAAGAACGGGGCUGGACUACGCUUACAUCAACACUACCAAUGAAGGUUUACCAUGUAAGUUUAUUGUGUGUUCGUGACACAUUUUAUAGAAAAGUUGUUUUUUGACUCUGUAAAGAAAGUUCUUGCCAUUUUAUCAUUUGUGAGAAACUUGUAUUAAACUGCAGGCUGCGGGUGACAAGUUAUACGAUGGACAACUAAAUCUUUGAAUUUUUGAUUUGUAAAGAAAGUUCUUGCCAUUUUACCAAUUUGUAAGGAAAGUUCUUUUAGGCCGUGGCUGGGCCCACCGUAACCGCGCUUUGGACUGGAUUCAGCAGCACCGUGCCCAAUUCAAUUCAAAUGACGUUGUUUACUUCGCCGACGAUGACAAUGCUUAUGACAUACGAUUGUUUACAGAGUAUAUAGCCAAUGUUAAGGUUAUGGGCGUUUGGGCGGUCGGUAAGAAGUUUUUCAAAUUUUAAAAUUUGAAUUUAAUUUGAAAUAUUUUAAUUUUUUUUUGAAAAUUUAGAAUUUCAGGAACAGCAGCUGGAGCCACGGUAGAGAGUCCAAAGGUGAGGAACAACAAAGUGGUUGGUUGGAACGUUUAUCAUCAACCGAAGAGAAAGUUCGCCGUCGAUAUGGCUGGGUUUGCCAUUAAUAUUGACAUGUUGAUGAAAAGCAAGUAAGUAAAGCGUAGAAGUGUCAAGAACUUUCUUUACAGAACAUAAAAUGGCAAGAACUUUCUUUACAGAACAUAAAAUGGCAAGAACUUUCUUUACAAAACAUAAAAUUGCAAAAACUUUCUUUACAAAACAUAAAAAAGCAAAAAUUUUAAAAAGUGGAAGUUUGAUGGAAGAUUUGUAAUGUAUUUUGCACUAAAAAUCUUCCACCAAACUUGCACUUCCAAAAUGGCCUAAAAACACGUUUUUGACAUUUUUUAGAAGUGGAAGUUGGGUGGAAGAUUUUUAAUGUAUUUUGCACUGAAAAUUUUCCACCCAACUUCCACUUCCAAAACGUCUUAAAAAUGCCUAAAAAACGUGUUUUUAACAAAUUUUAAAACUUAAAAAAAUUUCAAAAUUUCAGACCCCGUCUAACAUUGCACUGUGCAGGCAAAACACCGGAAGACUGUUUCCUACAGCAAUUGAAGAUGGAAUGGGACGAAAUGGUACCAUUUGGUGAUGGUACCGGCGAGAUUUUUGUGUGGCAUCGACAGACUGCUACCAGAGAAUAUCAUACGGUGAAUACGAACGGCUACUUUAUUGAAAAACGGAAGAAACAGCCAAAGCUUUGCGAACUGUUAAGGGAUAUCAACUGGAUGACGUACGAGAAAGCGGUCAGGGUGAGGGAUCAAGCAUGA